CUUUAAGUACGUGGCCAACGCUUAUUCACACCAAACAGAACCCUAAUUUUUCUUACUACUACUCUUCUUCAUUUCAAAGAAACCCCCAAUUUUCCCCCAAAAUUUUCGAACGAUUCCAAAUCGAUUUCCGAAUUUCAAACCCUAGCUAAUUUUUGUUGUGUUUUCCGAAAGAGAUUGCAGAACGGCGUUUGAUGAUGGUGGCAGAAGCCGAUUUUAUAUGUCAACCGAGUAUUUCCAUGUUGGAUGUAAAGUAUCACCUUUGCGUCGCGCAAGAACAUAGCGUCAAGGUUGAGGUUUCACCAAAAUCUCCUACUCCUUCUCUCCCAAUCUUUGGCCAUGUAACGGCUGUGAGUUGCUCUGAGAUUAUGAAAGAUUCCAUGUUGGAGACCCCUGCAAAGAUGUUUAUCCCGAAUGUGCGUUCUGGCAGCUAUGCUGAUAUUGGACCACGGGGAUCCAUGGAUGAUGAACACAUUCAGAUAGAUGAUCUAGCUUGCCACCUUGGGUUUGUGUUCAAGUGUCCAAUACCAAGUGCAUUUUAUGCAGUUUUUGAUGGGCAUGGAGGGCCUGAGGCCGCUGCAUUUGUUAAGAGGAAUGCUAUGAGAUUAUUUUUUGAAGAUGCUGAUAUGCUACAAUCGUAUGAUACUGAUGCUUUUUUUCUAGAGAAGUUGGAGGUUUCUCAUCGGAGAGCUUUUAUACGGGCUGAUCUUGCCUUGGCUGAUGAACAGAGUGUUAGUAGUUCGUGUGGGACUACAGCACUGACUGCCCUUGUACUUGGAAGGCAUUUGCUUGUUGCGAAUGCUGGUGACUGUAGAGCAGUACUUUGCAAGAGAGGUGCAGCUGUUGAGAUGUCUCAAGAUCACAGACCGAGUUAUUUACCUGAACGAAGGAGAGUGGAGGAGUUAGGCGGAUUCAUUGAUGACGGAUAUCUCAAUGGUUAUCUCUCGGUAACUCGUGCCCUUGGGGAUUGGGACUUAAAGUUUCCACUUGGUGCUGCAUCUCCUCUAAUUGCUGAACCUGAUGUUCAACUGGUUACAUUGACAGAAGAGGACGAGUUCUUGAUCAUUGCGUGUGAUGGGAUUUGGGAUGUAAUAUCUAGCCAAGUUGCAGUUAGUCUUGUUCGCCGCGGAUUAAGAAGGCACAAUGACCCACAGCAAAGUGCCAGAGAUCUAGUUAAGGAAGCAUUGCGCCUAAAUACAUCAGAUAAUCUCACUGUGGUUGUUAUAUGUCUGUCCCCAGUUGAAAGCUUUUCUGAAUCAUGUCCCCCACAAAGGCGAAGAUUCAAAGCUUGCAGUAUUUCUGAAGAGUCUCGAAAUAGAUUGAAGAGCUUAAUAGAGGGAAAUUGACUGUAAAUGUAAUUCUUGUGAUUCACCAAAUGUUUCUUUGAUUAAAAGAUUAAUCUGUUUUUUAGGAUGUUUCAGAAAUGUAGCAAAAGCAGCGACAACAGUUUUGUAGGGAUAGAAGGGUGUACUUGGUGAGGGGUAGAGGAGGUUUAGUGUUAGACCUAUUUAAUUGGAGAGGUGUUAAUGGGUUAUUAUGUUGGUACCUGUAGAGAGAGUUGUAGCUAAAUUUUGGCGGAGUAGAUUAAAUCCCUCAUCACUGUGGUUUGAUUUGAUUAUGUAAAUAUAAAUGAUGAUUUAGACUUGUUGUCAUGAA